CUGGGUAGUGUUUCUUCUCCGCAGACCUCCGGUUCUCUCAUGUCCUGGCAGAUGCACAAGCCGCUGGACGAGGUGGAUUCGGUACGUCGCUUCGUGUGAUCUUCUUCGGUUGCUGAUCUUCGCAGGUAAGACAGCAGAUGGAUGGACAAGAGGCGAUGCACACUCAUUGGGGGGACGACAGACAGUCUACGGGCAGCUUCCACAUUGCAGAAUGUCCUGUUUUCCCUGUGUGUGGAUGCCAUGACAGGCGAGUCUCAGAUCCGAGACCGACAGGCAUUCGGUGCUCAAAUCUGCUCUGACAUACCGCCACAACCCCUUCCCCUCUCCAUUGCCUGGGAUUCAGCCCUUGUCGGUCGCUAACACCACCUCAUCACGCCCAUGGAACCCCCAUCAGGUGGGCUGCACCGUCAGGGAAGAUAGACUCAGCACACACUCACUGUGCAAAUGUCUGUUAUGUCAGAGCUCCCCACGGAUCCGACGGAGCGUCGUCGUCUCAUCGACACGGUGCUCGACUCCAUCGGCAGGAGGACAUCGGGCACAACGCAGAGGGCACACACGCACGCUGAGGGAUGGCAGCCGAGAGAGGAGCGCGACACCACCGGACCACACUCAGCACCUGCACGAGCGCACACUAUGGAGGCGAGCCCAGCCAGUCGGGGAGGUAUGGUGAUCCAGCGUGCGACCGAGACGGGACCGCAGCACCAGCCGCCCCACGAGCAUGACAUGCAAAGGAUGCAGGAAACACACGACAAACAGGCACAGGAGAUACAAAAGGUUGGUGCCUGGGUGGAGCAGGAGGCAGGGAGGGACCUGGCUGGGUGUGGUGUACUUCACGUGCUUACAUCUCUCUCUCUCUCUCUCUCUUGCUGUCCCUCCCUAUGUCUCUAUGUAUGUCUCCUUGUCUGUGACUGACAGGGUCGUGAGGCGUGCACCAAGCUGUCGAUAGAGGUCCAGAACCUGGCUGUUCGUAUGCGUGAGACAGAGGACAAGCACCUUGGGGAGAUCCGUCGCCUGGAGGGCUUAUUAGACCAGGCGCACCAGGACUUGGAGAAGGAGCGCCGCGUCAAGGCCGAGGAAGACCAAGGGACCGUGAAACACCGGAUGGAGGCCAGACUGCAGCCGCCCCCUGGUGCUCCGGUGCUGUCAUGCCCCACGUCUCCCUCCCUCCCAACCCCCACACCCACACCUGACGCGAGAACAACACUUGCCCGGCGGCCGCCAGCAACACACAAGUCCCAUACCAUGCCGGCAGACGUCGAGGCCUCCCGGCCUGCCCAUUCUGGAAUGGAGGUGGCCUACAAGCGGCGGGCGACCCACCCCAUGACGAGAGAGGAGGAGGAAGAGCGAGCCUUUGAAGACAUCAAGUACGGCCCUGAGAAGUACAGGCGGGGCUACACUAUGCCACCACGGCUGACCGAGAGCCCCUACACGCUGCACGAACUGACGCCGCCCAAGAAGAGCCUCACCAUGCCGGUCGGACCCCCUGCCGCCGAUGCACACCCGUCGACCCUUGUGAGCAUCUCACCUGACCGUGGCAUCGUCGCCCCAAAGACGUCAAUCGCCAUCGGGCCAAAGCGCGACCUCACCACACCAACAGUCACAGACACCGCUUUAGCCAAGACAAUGCCGCUUCCGCCUCCGCCGGGGCAGCAGGUCGGGCAGAAGACACGGCCCAGUCCAGCCCGCUGGCGGUCGACCCCGACGAUUGGGUUCACAUCGCCGUCACAGGUGCGUCUCCGCGAGGCCAAGACGGAUGGCGGUGAUGUCAUGGGCAGCGUGCUGUACAACGGGCCAGAGGAGGUGGAGAGCAGCAUGCUGUCGCCUCCUGAGGAGGGGAAGAUGGAAGAAGACAAGACAAAGACAGAGACAGAGAGGAGGGAGGUGGGCGCUUACGAGCCGACAGUGGAGCCGGAGACAUUUGAGAGCUGGCGGCUUCACGCCACCCCCAGCCCUUACACCUUCGGCACGUCUGUCAGCCGACCGCCCCCAAAGAGCCCCUACACCACGCGGCCCUCAUUCCAAGCUCGUGUCGAUGCGGCAGCCGCAGAGGCGUGGACAUCACAGCCGACGACAAGAUACGGCGCUGUGCGGCCCUCGGCCGACUUCCUCUCACCACCACCUGCCCCGUCCUAUACGUCGGGGGCUUACUAUGACAGAGAGAGGGAGACGGGCACUCGCUUCCGGUCGCUGUCGCCCUCCUCAAUGCCGCCGCCUCCACCGUGCUUUCUGUCGGAGCGACUGAGAGACGAGAAGCCGAUCGACAUUCCCCCCAUAAGCGAUUUCUAUCCGCUGUCGACUCCGCGCUCGUCCCCACUGGACCGUCCCACUCGCCGGCCCUUCCAGACCGAGCCUCUGCUUGGAGGGUCGACCUACACGCCCGUCCUUCCCCCGCCACGGCUGCCACCCCGCCAGCCAUUCGACUUUUCAUCGGCCAUGAGAGACGAUCCCGGAUAUGAGCUCCCCAGAUACAGGGACAGAUGCCUCCCCUACUGCCCCCGAUCCUCCUACCUGUCGUCGAUGCCCUUCCCGUCGCUGCCCGAAGACCGGCCCCUCCGUGAGUACUACGGAGGUGGCGGGCCUCUCAAGACCUCCCGGCCGCCAUUCGACUACACUUUCGGGGGCGGCUUGAAGGAGCCCGCCACUGUCAGCGGUGUCAACACGGAGUCGCCCGAUGGUGCCUCUCCUGAGAUCAAGCCAGACGACAAGGAAGCGGCGGGUGGCGUGCCAAAGUUAGAAGGCGGCGAAGGGCAGCCUGUGCAGGAGGAGAGGGAGGAAGGGGAGGAACGUGAGGCUGAGGGUAAGCCCGAUCAGGAAGAGACGGCCGCUGCGGAGCAGGACGACGGGUGCCUGGGGCUCGGCUACCCGAUCACAGCCACACAGCGGCUAAUCAAGUGGGAUGUGUGUGCCGUCGGGCUGACCCACACGCGGACUCUCACCGUGCAAAACAACAGGCAGGCCAAGAGAAAGACGCAGAUCGAUACACAUCGACGCACCAACAUGAAAAAUGUCUUCUCUUACCUCUACGUGCAGCUCCCAGCCCGUGUUGGUAUAUCCGGAGGUGUGGACGGUGUCAGCACUUGACGAUCCCCCAGACCCCACCGAGCCCCCCACCCUCGCGCCUUGCUCCCCAUUCCGCGUCCCCAGCAGCCCCGUCACCCUGCCGCCAUACGGCACGGCCCACCUGCCCAUAGCCUUCACACCCACGCUCAACAAGUGCGACCGUGUGCAGCCGCCCGCCCGAGGGGAGAGGGGUGCAGAGGGAGAGAGGAGCGACGACGGCGUGCCGCUGAAUUGGGUGGGGGAGUACGUUGCACAGCUGAAGCUGAUCACGGCCACCAGUGUGUGUGUGGUGGGGCUGGAGGCGCAUGCCGCCGUGCCCAAUAUCGAGGCAAGCCAGGCCAUACGACUUGGGCACUUGUGUGUCGAUUGUAUCCUUGUUUGGAUCAGAUCACGCCUUCCUCUCUCUGUCUGGGGGCGGUGUUUCCCUUCGGCGAGAGGUGCCGAGCAGUGACAGUCACCAACCGAAGGUCGCACAUCACCCAGUUCACUCGCGCAUGGCUGAUGGUGCGCUGCCUGUGUCGCUGUUGUAAGUGUGUUUGGCGUAGCCAUCAGCCCGAAGGUGUCCUAUGGCGGUGCUGACGUCUACAACCCCUGCACAGACGCCAACAGAGGCCACCCCACGUGGAGCAUCCUCAUCGACAAGGACGGCCCCCUGAGCAAUAAGGAGGGCCGCAUGGUGGUCUUGACCCCCGUGGCCGAUCGACGCGAGGGGCGGGCUCUGGUGCUGCCGCCAUCAACCAGCAAGACGAUCUGGAUCAAGUGAGACAUGGAAGAAGAUAGAUGUCUCACGAUAGAUCCAUGGUGUGCGUGUCGUGUGUUCUGGUGGUAGGUACCGUCUCCCUCCCACCGCCCCCCGCCCUGCACACGCGGGUCCAUCACUGGCCGACAUCCUCGACAGCCCCGCCGCAGCCCCCCUGCCCCCACAGCGCCCCGAGUGCUCCACGGCAUUCCACCUGGUGCCAUCACCAACAAUCACGGAGACAACCCCAUUCCUCACCGACUGCCUCGGGGCACUGGAGAAAGAUACACCGCUCUAUGACGCCCUUGCGCUGCUGAAUCUCCCAUCUGAGAGUGCCGGAGGUGCUGGUGUGGGCAGGAAUGAUGUCAUCGAGGGUUCUGGUUUGCCCGUGGUGGUUGGCGUGCUGCAAUCUUUUGUGGACGUCGUGGCGCUGCAGGUGCCACACCCACUGCAGGCGGAGGGCAUCGUCCUGCAGCCAAAAGAGUCCCUACAAGCCCUGAUGUGCGGCAGGGCUGACUGCAAGAGCAAGAGCGACGGGGCGCUUGCCCCCGUUCGACCGGAUGGGGCCUCCUUAACGCGCGUGGCCGACAGCAGGACCACCCGCAAUGGUCAAGGUGACGAGUAUAAUGGCUUUGUCCGGCUGCAUGCCUGGGUUAAAGUGCGCUAUGACGGCACUUUCCCACGAGUUGUGCUGAAAGGAGCCCUGCUGCAUCCAGCAGUGCACAAAUCAGCCGGUCUUGUGUCUCCACUGGAGGCGCUGCUGAACCCUUUGGUUGGAUGGGACAUUCGCGUGGAGCCCAUGCAGCUGGAGCUGGCCAAGGGGCAGGCCGGAGCGAUCCACAUCAUCGCCGACAAGGCCACCGACGCCCUGUUCGACGGGCCGCUGCCGUCACUGCCUGUUGUGCAUCAUGUCUCUGGCGGCAAGCCCACUACCACUUGUUCCUACGCCCUGGAGUUGCGUCUUGCCCUCCCCAAUCCCCCCGAUGCCGCCGUUGACGCGAAUGCCGUCAGCCAUGCCUUCACACUGCCCCUCGUCCUCGCACCCCCACCGCCCUCCAUGCCUCUCUGGACAAGCGCCAAGCGGCUCGUGUGGGGCGAGGCCGCACCCUUCAUCCCCACAGCACGAACACUGUUUCUGGCCAACAAGGGCGAGUGUCCUCUUCUCAUCCACAUGACGUGUCUCGUCGAGUACCCCGUCGUGGCGCCGACUUUGCCGCCGGCACGUGAAGGCAGGAGGCGGUCCAGUGCCUAUAGCGACAUGGGAGGCCAGCACAGCGUGUCAUUUGACGUGCACUUCAUCAGGGGUCCGGGGUGCUGCUUCAGGCCCCUUGUGUCGGAGCGGGAGGGCGGCAAGUCGGGAAUGGUCAUGGGCGAGUGGGAGCUGCUGCUGCCGCCUUAUCGGUACUGCGAGAUGGCCGUCGACUUGCAGUACUCCCCAAUCAUCACCCAUACAGAGGUCAAUCACUUCGCCCCUUCCCGUCUGCAUUUCUCUUUCGCGCACAAGCAAGAAAGCAUCACCUCAUGACAUGCGUACCUUGUGUGUGCUGCAGAUUCCUCUCGUCCAGGGCAGCCUCAGGCUACACUGCAUCAACUCACCCAACAGGAACGGCCCCUCAGACAGCGACCCAUCCACAUCUGUGCGGCUGCUGGCAUGGCGAGGGAUCGGAGGCGCACUCCUCACAGACGACCAAGACCGCACUGCCCUCUGCUUUGACCACGGCGUGCAGCCAUCACAAGGCCCGUCCAACAGCCGGCUCUUCUCCCUCCAUUGCCGCAACCCAUCCUGGACAGAAAGGAAGACAGCGCGGACAAUGGAUGCCGCCCCCACCGAUUCCUCCGGCUGUCGACUUAUGGCAGCGCGGGCGCAGAACGGGCGAUCUCAUCGGCAGCCGUCUUCUUUUGAGAGGGCUGAUGGCGCCACGUUUGUGUGGAGUGGCGUGCCCCGACUGCCAGACGGCCUGAGAUGUGUGCCUGAUUCGGUCACUCUGCACCACGAGGACGACAUGCUGAUCCAGCAAUGGCAGCUGGACCCCAUCAGCCACAUGAUGAUGAUGUCCCACCUGCAGUCGCCACCAGCCUAUGCGCCGAGGCCGCCGGCGACGUUUGGUGUGGGGACAGACGUCGAGGGAAGCUACCACAUCAGUUCUCAGGUGGUGUCCGUCUGGACGGGGUCGCAGGCCUUCCUGCGGUUCAUGGAGGAUGCGCAGGAAACGAGGGGUGGGGCAGCGGGAGGGUCGAUCGAGGCCCUCAUGGACGCAGCUCUCAACAAGCCGCUGCCGCACUGCCCCGGCUGGUGUCAGCAGCAUGAGGAGACACGACUGGACCAGACGGCGGGCGAAGGCCAGGAGGGUGAAGGAGACGGAGAGGGAGAGGGAGAGGUGGUCGCUGCAGUGCCGUUCAUCAGCAAGGACGACCUCAAGGCCCUCACACAGGCUCACAUCCGGUCGGUGCCCCUCUUCUGUGUCCGCCUCACCCCCACCGGCGCCCCCAGAGUGCCCCUGACCCCUUCCACCCCUCUCAAGACCGUCAUCCUGGGCCCCUUUGACCUCUCUGAGUUGAGAAGCACCAUGCACCGCUGGAACAUGGCCACCGAGACACUCACCCUGCAGUCGCCCUUCGCCGACCAUUCGGCACAUUUCCGCAUCUUCCCCGUGACGCGGCCGUCCCUCUCUCACAGCCAGGACGGGGCGAGACACAACCGAUGGCUGCCGGCCAUUGCCUUCGAGGCAACACCGAGCGAUGCUUAUGAGGGCGAGGAUGAGGUCUUCCUGUUUUCGGAGAUGGAGGGUCAGCUGUCCGCUGGUGGGCAGAAGGAGGUGGGCAUCGAGGCCAACCUGGCGAAAAUGCUACCACUCAUGGUGACGACGAGCAAGGCACGGCAGGUGCAUCACGACACGAGAGAUGGCGGCCCCGUGACGGUGGAGGCACUGAUGCAGAGAGAGGAACAGCACCUGCAGGAAGGCAGCAGGGGCAAUGCCAUGGGUGUGUCCCUCUCUGAUGCGAUAGAGGUGCGGCCGGAGUGUGUGCUGAUGAUGUCUCAGUACUAUGUGGUUGAGUAUGGCGUCGAUGGCUCGCGUGUGUGCCAAGUGCUGGGGCUACACAUGUUCGGACGGACGGACGGGACGGGCCGGGCCGUCGUGGGGUGGAUGGACGAAAUGUGAUGGGGGCGUGGUGUGGAUGGGCGCGGGGCUUUUUCAAUCGCAGAAAGGCUGACUGGCUGAUGAAUGAGUGCGUGCCUGUCUGUCUGUCUUCCGUAGGCCGUUUCCCGCUUUGGGCGGGCCGCGUUCUGGCUGGCUGGCUGCGUUCCUUCGUUCGAAUCUGCAUGUGUGGGUGCGUGCCUGUCUGUCUGUCUGUCUGUCUGUCUACGCCGGUGUGGACGUGCAGUUUAAGCCUGAAUGGCGCCAUAAGCGGUACUGUACCCAUCAUCGACCCGCCCGCCG